AUGGAGUGGUCCAAUGAAAAGACAUUGGAAUUUUUGUCGUUAUUUGAAAAAGAAUCAUUAAUUUGGAAUCCAAAGGACCCAUUGCAUAAAAAUAGAAAUCUUGUCAGUGAUGCCUGGAAAAGGAUUAAAGACAACUUCAGCGAAGACAUUGCAAUUGUGGAAUUAAAAAAGAAGAAGGAUUCGCUUAUGGCGACUUAUCGGCCAUUGGCUCAAAAGGUGAAAAACAGCACUAAAACUGGGUCCGGAAGAGAUGAAAUAUACAAACCGAAUUGGAUCUUUUAUGAAGUAAUGGCAAACUUUUUACAUGGAGUUUAUCAACCAAAAACAACAAUAAAUACAGAGGUAUGUAAGCUGUUUUAA